AUGGGUGGGGAUGUCCUUGCUAAAAAACAAUAUAGGCAAGAGGCUAUAAGAAGGUGGAGAUUAAAAAAAAUGAAAACAAAUUUGACAGUGAAUUAUACAACUUAUAUGGACAUUCAAAGCAAUGUUGUGUCGCCUCACAUUAGUGCUUUAACUUUAGAUGCAUCUGGUGAACAACGUAGACAAGAAUCCAUUGAAAAAUGUAAACCAAGGAAAGAUACAUCUGAAUCUGUUCAGCCUUCUGUUACAUUUCAUAGUGAUACUGAUGUGGUUAGACACCAUUAUACAAUUGAACCUAUUGAUGUGGUGCAAAGAACUGGUCUUUAUGAUUCUGAGGCAGGGUCCAGUAAUGCAUCCAAUCUUAGAAAAAGGGUUAAUGAAACAUUAAAUGACAUACGGAUAGAGCAGCUUAAUUGUAAGAGAAGUAAAAAAACGCAUUUAAGAGAUGGUAGAAACAGACUUACAUCUAUUCCUUUAGCGCCUGCAGUCUUACGGAAUGUGCCAAACUGUCCACACUGUCUUGCAAAGAAAUUUGAAUAUGAAACAUAUAACUUAUGUUGUUUAAAUGGAGAUGUGUGUUUAGCUACUAAUGAUGCUCCUCUUAUAUUUCAAGAACUUUACACGUCUUUGUCAUUAGAAGCAAACUUAUUCAGAACUUGCAUUCGAACAAUCAAUAAUCAUUUUGCUUUCACUUCUAUGGGAGUGCACUAUGAUAAGGCUCUCAGUAAGCGUAAUAAUGGGAUUUAUACCUUCAGAGUGCAGGGUCAAAUAUACCAUUUCAUAGAUAAUUUCUUUGAAUCUAAAAACCUUCAGUUGUAUUUUCAUGACACCGAUACUGAAGUUGCUAAAAGGCUAGAAGCAUGCCCUAGAUUAACAGAAUCGUUAAUUGAAAAAAUCCUUACAGUUCUCCAACAUAAUCCAUAUGAGGCUUAA